AUGGCUGAUGCAUAUCGGCUCGCAGAGAUGAUGAGGCGGGUUUCCCGCCCACGCCAGCAACAAAUGAGGUCAACAGUGCGACAACUCCAAGAAAGCCUGUCGGCUGCCAACGACCCGCGAUUAUGGAUCGAGCUCACAUUUGCUCCCGGGUCAUCCAUGGUUGACUUGACGUACGACAAGAGUGAAGGUCGCGGUGGAGCACCGGAGCCUGUGGGAAAGCGGAAGGGUUCCACGGAUAUCGACUCGAACGGAUCGGAGACGGGCGAUCGCCACAUGCAGCCCAACUUCGAGGGACCCCAGGAUGUGGUCUGGGACGUCAAGGUGAAGAAUGCGAUCAAUUUUGAUGGUUGGGAGUCUCGAGAGAUUGCCACGUGCCUCAGGGUUGAAGGAAAGCCUGCGAAUCUUAUCCAAUACCUCAGCUCUGACGAGUUCAAGAAGCACAUCGAUACUCUAACGAGCGUUGAGAUCGACCCAAUGUUGUUCCCCAGUCUCCGGACCAAGCUUAAACCAUGGCAACAUAGCGGCAUUCAGAAGUUGAAGAUCCUUGCCCAGUCGGAAUUCAGAGGAGGUUUCUUGUGCGACGCAGUUGGACUUGGGAAGUCAUUGACUGCUUUGGUUGCUUCAAUGGAGAUUCGAAAGCAACUGCUUCCAAACUGCGGAUUCAACCUCAUUGUCUGUCGUGCUGGCUGUGUCGUACAAUGGUACGACGAAGUGAUGAAGCACUACAGCAAGGGUAUGCGUCCUUCAUGCAUCAUCCUUGACAAGACAGAUUUCCCGGUCCACGAGCUCUUAAAGUACGACAUCGUCAUAUGUAGCCACAACUUUCUCCGCCAACGCUACAUAGAUUGGGUUGCGUAUGCAGGGUUCUGUCUUGCCGUGCGAAGUCAUUCGGUCAAACGCGCCAUCCAAGCAUUUGAUAGAAAGUUCGUACGACCACAUGCACCACUGCAUUCGUCACUCUAUGCAUCCCUGCAAAGGAAGAUUGCAGUUCUAAUCAUCGACGAAUCGCACGACGCCAGGAACCCAGAAUCUCAGCUCCACGCCGCAAUUAGAUCACUGGAACCUCAUUGUACGUUCUUGCUCACCGGGACCCCCAUUUUCAACAUAUGGGAAGACCUAGCUGCGCAAGCGAUGUUACUACCUGGAGGAGGUCCCCUCAUCAACCUGGACCACUGCCGCCGCCUUUUUGGAACAGAUGGAGAUACCAACCUCGUGGGUCAUCCACAAGGUGCGGGAGAGAUGUUGUUCCGUCGAUUCAUUUCCGCCUUGAUAGUGGCUCGCCCAAAAUCCCUCUUGGAACUUCCUCCUUUGAAGACCAAGAUUGUGCGAGUUGACAUGAAAGACCACCGGGAAAUCUUGCUCGAAAUCUCCCGGUGCGUAAUGAUCGGCCGUUCACUUCUUUCGAGUGGCAAACGGGAUGGUAUUUCGCAUGUUCAUGGCGUCCAAUCUACCGGAGCAUGGGCGAUUUUAUCGAAGGCUCAGAAACUAUCUCUGAACCCAAUUUUGCUCACUCUCCGCGAAGCUGACAGCGAAGAUGAGGAAACAAGUACGGGCAUCGACAAGACGACGAAAGCGAGAAUGGAGGCAUCUUUGCAAAAGUUUCUCGAGGACAAGGGUCUCCCACUAGACCUAUCACUCAAAGAUCUUGACACUGAUCAGCUCGUCAGUUUCCGAGCGGUGUGGAAUAAGGUGCGUCGUGGGUCAUCUACAGCCGUACAACUUGCUGAAAACGAUCAAUUGCCCAACAAUGUGGAUGAAGAUGAUGCCCCAAGCACAUCGCACGAAAUUGAACUGGAAGACUUACGAGCAGUGGGCAUAUCUGCCUACAGCGAUGAAGGUUUUACUUACAACGAGGACUCCGAAGACGAGAACUAUCAACCAGAUAGUGAUGAUGCGGAUGAAGCCCAGUCGGAGGGACCUAACGACAAUCACGAGUCAGAAGACGAUGAAGUUCGUGGCGUCCGAUCUGAGGGAACUGAAGACGAGAGCUCGAAGCCAGCCGCUGAAGAACGAUACCUGCGACGAAAGGGACGGUCGGACCCCGAGUUCACGAAGCGAUGGCUUGCCCGGCUUUCAAGAUCAUCUGACAAUGGAAUCUUCUCGCCACGCAUUACGGCGAUCAUGGAUCAAGUACGACAGAUCCGAAAGGAGUAUCCGGGGGAGAAGAUGAUGAUUGUCUCUGGAAUGGUAAUGUUUCUGGAUAUUGUGAAGGAGGCGAUCAAGCGACGAGCCCAGACCGAGAUCGAAUUCGAAUUCGAGAUUGGAGAGUACAACGGCACGAUCAAAUCAGUCGAAGAGCGAGCUGAACUUAUUCGCACCUUCAACCACCCGGGUAGUGGAUUGAUUGUGCUUCUUCUGAGUGCGCAAGCAGGUGGCACAGGAUUAAACGUGGCUGGGGCAUCUCACAUAAUCAUCUCGGAGCCAUUUUGGACGCCUACUCUGAAGGAACAAGUCGCAGGCCGGGCACAUCGGAUGCCUCAAGACAAGGAGGUACAUAUCUAGGAAAUUGUCGCUCCCCUGUCGGAAUUUGACAGGAUGCUGCACUCUGCCGCUCUCAACAAGAGGAAGUUCGUCAAAGCCACUAAUCAGUUCUUCGUGCGGAAUGAUAGCGACGAGUUUAUCAUCCCGAGAUUGCCAACGCAAAAAGAACUGGAGGAAGAUAACUGGGGUGCCAGUACUAAGAGUGCUGCAAUGCCCUCAUCGAGUGGAUAGACAUGGGUCAUUGGUACGUCUUG